CGACGAAAAUUCUCUUCUUACUGAAUUUCACGUUUUCCGCUGUAACUGUAGUUGUUUUACGAUUAAGUGGAAGUGGAUGUUGUUUACAAUUUAACAAUUCGCAAACACGAAAUAGUAAUUGCUCUGUUCAGGAUAAUAAUUUUAAAUACAUUACUUUAAUAAAAAUCAGCUAUGGCUAAAAAAUUAAGAGGAUGUGGUACGGAACGGGUUAUGAAAAAAUUGCAAAUAAAUAUGGAAUUAGGACAAUAUUAUGAAGCCCAUCAAAUGUAUCGAACUCUUUAUUUUAGAUAUCUUUCUCAGAAGAAAUAUGAAGAACUUACAACACUUUUGUAUGAAGGUUCUGUUUUGUUCUUCACACACAGACAGCACAAUAGUGGAGCUGAUUUAGCAAUCCUUUUAAUCAAUGUAUUAAAUGAAUCUGAAGUAGCUGUUUGUGAUGAAUAUAUGGAAAAAUUAGCCACUCUGUUUUCAAUGAUGUUGCCAGACUCUCCUGAAAGAUCUAACUUCUUAACAACAGCUUUGAAGUGGUCCAGCAAAAAUAGUUGUACAGAUUCUUUUGGGCAUCCCAACUUACACAAGUUAAUUGCUAAUGCAUUAUGGAAAGAAAAGAAUUAUCAACAGUCUCGGUACCACUUCAUCCAUUCUUCUGAUGGUCAGGGCUGUGCUACUAUGUUGAUUGAAUAUCAUAUUACAAAAGGUUAUCCCAAUGAAGUUGAUUUGUUUAUUGCUCAGACUGUUUUCCAAUAUCUGUGCCUUAAAAACAAAACUACUGCAUCAACAGCAUUUCAGGCAUAUACAGGAAUGCACCCUGCUGUAACAUCAGGCUUCCCAUUUCUACUACCACUUCUCAAUUUUCUUAGUUUUCUGCUUCAAGCAAUAGAAAGGGGGAAAUUAGUUUACUUCCGUACUCUUUGCGAACAGUAUCAGCCAUCCUUAAAAAGGGAUCCCACUUACAGUGAGUAUGUUGAUCGAAUCGGGCAAUUAUUUUUUGGUCUCUCUCCUCCACCAAAGCAACAAGGAAUCUUUGGUAACUUAAUACAGUCGCUGUUUGAAGGUUUUGAUGAUUCAAUCAAUGAAGAAACGGAACCCACUGCUGGGUCCUCAAAGGAAUCCUCAUUUAGAAUUCAGCAAGAUGAACUAGAUUAGUUCUCAAAAUUGUAUAUAUAUAUAUAUAUAUUAUUAUUAUUAUAUAAUAGCCUAUUCUAUAUGGUAGCUGGUUUUGUAUAAUUGGGCUACUUUCUUUAAUUCUAGACCAAUCAAUCUUAAUAGCACAUUAUGAUUUUCUUAAUAUUAAUUUUCAAAACUGGCUAUAAAUAAACUAUUUGUUUAUUCAAA